CUUCAUUCUGACGUUUGGCGUUUCCUAUUUGAGAUAGAACCCACCUCUUCCUGUCGGUGUCAGAGUAGUAACUUCACCAUAUUUAGUUGGUCAGAGCCCCGCAGAGUUGAGCUCAGGCAACGGGGCUGAAAAUCUUAGCCAUAUCGGCGAAUGCAACCGGGAGUUGACAGCCUAGAAACAGCGAGACUGGCCGCUGUUGGAGAGUGACAUCAGUGGAAACAAGGCUGCACAUCAAAACGGGUGCAAGCUGCCUAUCGACAGCAGACUUUGAGGGAUAAGUAACGUUAGUCGUCUAUUGUCGGAUGAGAAUUCUAACUAGUAGUCGUAGGUAGCUAACGUUAGAUGGCUAGCUGGCUAAUUAUCGCCAACGAGCAAGCCUUACUCGACUUCUGCUGGACGUAAAACCAAACUUAUCUAUGUUAUCGGAUUUUUAUUCAGCAAACUGGUAAGAAAAACUAAAGAUCCCAGUGAUUCUGCAAUUAUGAUAUCUUGACAUAAUUGUCAGCUAGCUAUGUUUGUCUCAAUCCACUUGCUAAUCUAGGAGCUAGCUAGUUGCUAGCUAGUUUAUCAGCGUUGUUUUGGCUCGAGCAAGUAUCGCCGUGGCAGUGAAAUCUGAUUGGAUACCUUGAUCGUGUGAACGACUUGCAGACACCGGGACACGGAAGACCCCCAUGCAAAGGGACUGGAAAAGGGGCCCGUUUGACAGUGAGCGGAGAGGAGAACUCGGGGGAACCCGUAACUACUCGGCUGCAUCGCCUGUGAGGCGUUGAACUGCCGAGAAACCAGAUUGAACCAAGCAAGGGUUCCUGACAUUUGACAUCUGUGAUCCGGGGAGUGAACCGGGCAGGGACCUCAUGAAUGGAAAUCGGAACCACAGGAGCCGUUGGAGCCCAGCCCCUGUUCACCGUGCCGCGGCGGCCUGGCUAUGGCACCAUGGGGAAGCCCAUCAAGCUGCUGGCCAACUGCUUCCAGGUGGACAUCCCCAAGAUAGACGUCUACCUCUAUGAGGUGGACAUCAAGCCCGAGAAGUGCCCGCGCCGUGUCAACAGGGAGGUGGUGGACUCCAUGGUGCAGCACUUCAAGGUUACCAUCUUUGGGGAUCGCCGGCCAGUCUACGAUGGGAAGAGGAGCUUGUACACAGCCAACCCGCUGCCUGUGGCAACCGCAGGGGUGGAUCUGGACGUCACUCUACCGGGCGAGGGGGGCAAGGACCGGCCCUUUAAGGUCUCAAUCAAGUUUGUGUCCCUGGUGAGCUGGCACAUGCUGCACGAGGUGCUAACCGGCCGCAGCAUGCCUGAGCCCCUGGAGCUGGACAAGCCCAUCAGCACCAACCCAGUACACGCUGUGGACGUGGUGCUGCGACACCUGCCCUCCAUGAAGUACACUCCGGUGGGUCGCUCUUUCUUCUCAGCCCCAGAGGGAUAUGACCAUCCCCUGGGAGGGGGGAGAGAGGUGUGGUUUGGUUUCCACCAGUCUGUACGCCCCGCCAUGUGGAAGAUGAUGCUCAAUAUUGACGUGUCUGCCACGGCCUUCUACAAAGCCCAGCCAGUGAUCCAGUUCAUGUGUGAGGUCCUGGACAUCCACAACAUAGACGAGCAGCCCCGACCUCUCACAGACUCCCACCGGGUCAAGUUCACCAAAGAAAUCAAAGGUCUGAAGGUGGAGGUGACACACUGUGGAACCAUGCGGAGGAAAUACCGCGUUUGCAACGUGACCCGCCGGCCCGCCAGCCAUCAAACGUUCCCUCUGCAGUUGGAGAAUGGUCAAACGGUGGAGCGCACGGUGGCCCAGUACUUCAGAGAGAAGUACAGCCUGCAGCUCAAAUAUCCCCACCUGCCCUGCCUCCAGGUGGGCCAGGAGCAGAAGCACACCUACCUGCCCCUGGAGGUGUGUAACAUAGUAGCAGGGCAGCGCUGCAUCAAGAAACUGACAGAUAAUCAGACGUCCACUAUGAUCAAAGCCACGGCUCGCUCUGCACCUGACAGACAGGAGGAGAUCAGCCGGCUGGUGCGCAGUGCCAACUACGAGGCGGACCCCUUUGUGCAGGAGUUCCAGUUCAAGGUGCGCGACGAGAUGGCCCACGUGACGGGGCGCGUGCUGCCCGCUCCCAUGCUGCAAUACGGCGGCAGGAACCGGACGGUGGCCACCCCAAGUCAUGGCGUGUGGGACAUGAGGGGCAAACAGUUCCACACGGGAGUGGAGAUCAAGAUGUGGGCCAUCGCCUGCUUCGCCACACAGAGGCAGUGUCGCGAGGAGAUCCUCAAGGGUUUCACAGACCAGCUGCGUAAGAUCUCCAAGGAUGCUGGGAUGCCCAUCCAGGGCCAGCCGUGUUUCUGUAAAUACGCCCAGGGAGCCGACAGUGUGGAGCCCAUGUUCAGGCACCUGAAGAACACCUACUCUGGACUGCAGCUAAUCAUCGUCAUCCUGCCUGGAAAGACCCCCGUCUACGCGGAGGUGAAGAGGGUGGGAGAUACUCUCCUAGGAAUGGCCACUCAGUGUGUCCAGGUGAAGAACGUGGUGAAGACGUCCCCCCAGACCCUCUCCAACCUCUGCCUCAAGAUCAAUGUCAAGCUGGGGGGCAUCAACAAUAUCCUGGUGCCUCACCAACGACCCUCAGUAUUCCAGCAGCCUAUCAUCUUCCUGGGGGCGGAUGUUACACACCCCCCUGCUGGAGACGGGAAGAAGCCUUCCAUCGCUGCAGUGGUAGGCAGUAUGGAUGCCCACCCCAGCAGGUACUGUGCCACAGUGAGGGUCCAGAGGCCCAGGCAGGAGGUGAUCCAGGAUCUGGCCUCUAUGGUCCGAGAACUGCUGAUCCAGUUCUACAAGUCGACCCGCUACAAGCCCACCAGGAUCAUCUUCUACAGGGACGGAGUGUCAGAGGGCCAGUUUAGACAGGUGCUGUACUACGAGCUGCUGGCCAUCCGCGAGGCCUGCAUUGGCCUAGAGAAGGAGUACCAGCCCGGCAUCACCUACAUCGUGGUCCAGAAACGCCACCACACCCGCCUCUUCUGUGCCGACCGCAAUGAAAGGGUUGGACGUAGUGGAAACAUUCCUGCUGGCACCACGGUGGACACGGACAUCACGCACCCCUACGAGUUUGACUUUUACCUCUGCAGUCACGCUGGAAUACAGGGCACCAGUCGGCCCUCCCAUUACCACGUCCUGUGGGACGACAACUGCUUCACGGCCGAUGAGUUCCAGCUGCUCACCUACCAGCUCUGCCACACCUACGUGCGCUGUACCCGCUCCGUCUCCAUCCCUGCGCCAGCCUACUAUGCCCACCUGGUGGCCUUCCGUGCCCGCUACCAUCUGGUGGACAAGGAACACGACAGCGCGGAGGGCAGCCAUGUUUCUGGGCAGAGUAACGGUCGGGACCCCCAGGCUCUGGCCAAGGCGGUGCAGAUUCACCACGACACGCUGAGGACCAUGUACUUCGCCUGAGCACCACCCCACACCACCAUCACUGCAUUUAACACACACACACACACCUGCCUCACACACACACACCCCGCCUGCCAGUUAAGGAGGGUUGCAGCCCCCCACAACUAGUCAAUCCGGACCUGACACUGUGUAGAGGGAAGAGGAGGGGGGUGGGGGAAGCCCCCCGCAAUGGACUGAGGAUGCAGACAGAUGCUGCUUUAAAACAAGAGAGGAAGAACUCGGCACUAUUAUGCAAUAUUAAACCAGCCAACUGCUUUUCCUGGGCACCCCGACUCCGCCCCCACCCUCCUCCAGUCCCUCCCUCCUUUUCUUUGGUCAUGAAGGAGAUCUGUUGUUUUGAUUCCGGAUGUGUAUGGUCGACGUUGCAGAAAUCGUUCCCCUUUUGUCAUCAUGCCUUUUUACCUCAACUCAGUUUUUAACGGCAGCACUUUCUGCCCUUUUUCGUUUGUUA